AUGAAGUUCACGGCCCUCCUCGGAUCCCUGUUCGUGCUGCUCGCCUCCCCCACCAGCCUCGUCGACGCCCAGUGCUCUGACGUCCACGUCGUCUUCGCCCGCGGAAGCGGCGAGGCCCCCGGCCUCGGAAUCACCGGCCAACCCCUCGUCCGCGGCAUCGCCUCCAACCUCCCUGGCAAGAGCGUCUCGUCCUACGCGGUCAACUACCGCGCCGCGUACGACCAGACUAGCGCUGGACCUGGCGCCACCGACAUGACCAACCACGUCGUGUCCGUGGCGAACGCGUGCCCCAACACGGUUUUCGUGCUCGGUGGCUACUCUCAGGGUGCGAGUGUCACGGACAUCGCCCUCGGUAUCAGGACGGCUCUUGGCUCUGGCAGCGUCAUCCCGCAGUCGCUGGCGCCCCGCAUCAAGGCCGUCGUGACGUUUGGCAACCCUCUCAAGCUCUACGGUCAAACGAUUGCGAGCGCGAGCCCUACGUACGGAUCCAAGGCCAUCGAGUUCUGCAACAGGGGCGACCCGGUGUGCGCUGCCGGCUUCAAUAUGGCGGCCCACCUGAUGUACGUGACCGACGGCAGUGUGACCACUGCGGCCCAGAAGGCUGCUGCGUUGGUGAAGGGAGGCAGGGCGCUGCGUGCGUAG